UCGGUUCUCGCUCCUCAAAGUAGAUAAGUUUCUCUCUGUAUACUCUUAUCUAUCUUUAACGCCGGCCGGAGACCCUACCUAUCUAUUGUGAUAACAUCAAAGUGAGGUAACAAUUGGCGUUAUUGCAGUGACCUCAUAAUCAGUACAUACCACCAACACAAAGGUUAGAAACAGGUGUACAAAGUUCGGUCACUAUGGCUGCGUUUAAAAACACCAAGAAUAUUAAACUUUUCACUUUUCUGGCGUCGAAAUGUAAUCCCCAAGUGAGCACAAGAAGAUUCCUGAACCUGCAAGAGUACCACAGCAAAGAUUUAUUAAGAAAGCAUCAGGUAUCAGUUCAGGACUUCCGUAUUAUUGAUACCAAUCUAGAUCCUAAGCCGCUCGGCGACUUUAAAGCUGAUGAGUACGUGGUGAAGGCUCAGAUCCUAGCCGGCGGGAGGGGCAAAGGUCAUUUCGAUAAUGGAUUUAAAGGGGGAGUUCAUUUGACCAAAAAUCCCAAAGAUAUAAUGGGCUUAGCAAAAAAUAUGUUAGGUCACAAAUUAAUAACCAAACAGACGCCAAAGGAAGGCAUAAAAGUUGAAAAAGUCAUGGUGGCCGAGAGUGUAAACAUCAAACGCGAGACAUACUUGAGCAUUAUAAUGGAUAGGAGUUUUAAUGGUGCAGCUUUGGUGGCAUCCCCAGCAGGUGGCAUGGAUAUAGAGGCUGUGGCUGAGAAGACGCCCCAUUUAGUUAAGACUGUGCCUAUUGACAUAUACGAGGGCAUUACUGAUAAAGUGGCAAAUGAGAUUGCAGGUUUCUUAGAGUUCAAAGGUGAUCUGAAGAAGAAAUGUGCUGAGGAGAUAAAAAAAAUGUGGCAAUUAUUUACAAAGGUGGAUGCAACCCAACUUGAAAUAAACCCUCUAGUGGAGACAGAUGAUGGUCGAGUGGUUGCUGUGGAUGCUAAGAUCAACUUUGAUGACAAUGCUCAAUUCAGGCAGCAAGAGAUAUUUGCUUUGGACGAUGAUUCGGAAUCAGAUCCUAGAGAGAAAGAAGCAGCUGCUCUCAACCUGACAUAUAUAGACAUGGACGGAAGCAUUGGGUGCAUGGUGAACGGGGCUGGUCUGGCCAUGGCCACUAUGGACCUGAUUGCACUGAGUGGUGGCCAGCCUGCUAAUUUCUUAGACCUUGGAGGAGGUGUGGGUCAAGCACAGGUCUCGGCAGCAUUGAGGAUUUUGGAGUCAGACCCAAAAGUGAAAGUUGUGUUUGUCAAUGUUCUUGCAGGCAUUGUGAACUGUGCCACAGUUGCUAACGGAAUUGUGGCAGCUUGCAAAGCAAACCCACCAAAGCAUCCCAUAGUCAUCAGGCUGCAAGGCACAAACUCAGAGGCGGCUAAGAAAAUCCUUGAGGAGUCCCGCUUGCCCCUGCACAUGAUUAAUGACGCAGACGAAGCUGCCCAAACCGCAGUGAGAUUAGCUAAGUCUAAGUAGAAAUGUAACCAAACUAACAAACGCAGCAACACUUCCAUCUUCAAUGUAAAGUGUUUGUCCUUAACCUUUUGGACGCCAAUGACCGAUAUAUCCGCACCGCAGGUUCAACGCCAAAGACCGAUUAAUCGGUCACAGAUCACAGAGCAACAUAGACCUACGUGCAUAUGCAUAAAGUUAAGUUCAGUUUUGACACUUGGGUGACGUGGCGUCCGAGUGACAGCUUUUGUGUUUGACACGGCGUCGAAAAGGUUAAAGAUGUGAAGUGAGCAACUUUAUGUUGAUGAACAUGGUGUUGGUGCAGUUCUUUUACAGGUUUUUAUGUUACAGGAAUUGUUAUGUUAAUCAUAGUUUAUGUUGUGAGAAUGUAUUACAUCAUUUAACCAAUAAAAAAUCACUCUGAAGACUGAUUUGCUAACACCAUACUAAAACUGUACAUAUGUUUUUGUUUUUCUUAAAAAUCAAUGAAAUUGUCUUCCAUGUACUUGCCUGUGUUUUUAUCUAUAUCACCCGAUGUAAGAAAAUUAGAGUUGUUAUUGGAAU